CCCGUCUUAAGAGAUGGACUCCUUCUCUGGUCUCAGAGCUUCAGACAGCAUUCACAGGCAGUCGCCUCAUCCAAGACAAUAUCAUUAUUGUCCAUGAAGUUCUUCAUCAUUUCAAGAACCACAAACUCGGUAAUAGAAGAGAUAUGAUGCUUAAACUUGAUAUGAAGAAGGCUUAUGACAUGGUUUAUUGGGAAUGUCUUGAGACUCUCAUUAGAAGAUAUGGGUUCGAUGAGAAGUGGUGCAAAUGGGUUAGCAGCUGUAUACGGUCGGUCAGUUUCUCGGUACUAUUCAACGGAGAAGCGUCAGAAAGCUUCUGUCCCUCCAGAGGCAUUAGACAGGGAGAUCCUCUUUCCUCUUUCCCCUUUUCUUUUCAUCUUAAUGUCUAAUGCCCUCACUUUCCUUAUUGACAAAGCAGUGGCAGAAGACCGUAUCAAAGGAAUUAAGCUCAAUAUGAGAUCCCCCUCUCUCACUCACUGUCUUUUCGCUGACGACACAGUUAUCUUUGGGAAAGCCAGCAUCCAAGAGGCGGAAAGAAUUAUGGAGAUUAUCAACGAUUAUGGGUUAAUCACUGACCAGGAAGUCAACAUCAACGAAUCUUCUGUCUUUUUCAGCGCAAAUGUUCCAGCGGAAGAGAAAAAUGACUUCAUCAAUCACAUUGGUUUUUCUCCGUCCAACUGCAAUUCAAAAUACCUUGGAGUCCCAACCUAAUGGGGAAAUUCAAAAAAAGAAACCUUCUAUUUCCUCAUUCAAAGGAUGGAAAAGAUGGGAGAAACUUGGAAGAGCCUGCUUCUUUCACACAGAGGAAAGGAAGUUCUCCUCAAGUCUAUUAUUCAGGCCAUCCCAUCCUUCAUCAUGUGCCUCUUCCUUCUGCCAGUUUCCCUCACCAAGAAAAUAGAUACUCUUCUCAGCAAUUUUUUCUGGUCAAGAUCGAUGGAAAAAAUUUCUUUGCACUGGUGUAAAGGAGAUCCUCUGUACCCCGAAGUCAGAAGGUGGAUUGGGAUUCCAAAGUUUUAGAGACUUCAAUUUGGCACUUCUUGCCAAACAAGCCUGGAGGCUUCUUACCAAUCCUGAGUCGUUGUUCAGCAGGCUGCUUAAAGGAUUGUACUUCUCGAGAGGCAACUUCCUUACGGCAAAAAAGGAAGCAAACCGUCGUGGAUCUGGGCUAGCUUGUGGGAAUCCAAAAAAGUCAUUGAUCUGGGAGCGAUCAGAGUGAUUGGGAUGGGGGAGGAUACACGGAUUGAUCAAGACCCUUGGGUUCCUUUCCUUCAAAAGGCGAGCAUUCAGAGUGGACCCCAAAAUCAUACAAGAGUCAAUACCUGGAUUGAUCUAGGAGAUAGAAUAUGGAAGAAUGACUUAAUCGAGGGACAUGUCUCAUCUUCAGAAAUGGAGUCUAUCUUGAGAAUCCCGAUUGGGGAGGAGGACUCAAAGGAUUUUUGGGCAUGGAGGUUAAAUGAGGAUGGGAAUUUUACCGUCAAGUCGGCAUAUCAUGCGGUCCACAAGUCUACAUCUGCUGCCCAAUCGAUGAGUAGUAUUGAGAUGUGGAAAUGGAUGUGGAAUCUUGACAUUCCCCCUAAUCUCAAGUUCUUUAUAUGGAGAUGUGCUAAAAACGGCCUUGCAACAAAAGAGAGAAUCUUCCAUAGGAAAUGCUCCCCCAACUCUACUUGCUAAGUGUGCCAGUGUCCCGUUGAGUCCCUAUAUCAUUGCCUUUUCUCGUGUCCCCACGCUUGGGAAUCCUAGAACAAUGUAUUCCCAAACCUUCCUCUGCCGGCUCAGUCUUCUUCUUUCCUCUAAUAUUGUUCUCCAUCAAGGAGUCUAUCCAUCCAGGAGCACUUAUUCAUGUUGUUUUCCUCUGUUGGAAUAUUUAGAAGGCUAGAAAUGAAUGUGUUUUCAAGAAUUGGAUCCCUUGGCAUCCGAACGUGAUUUUGCGUACUUAAAAGGAGUUCAUCGAAUGGACAACUUGCCCGAGGAGCCCCCCUAACGAUUCUCCUCCUCAUCAACUCAGGGGAUCCCAUUCACUCACUUCUCCACCUCCAAGCAAUCAUAAUCUGGUGAUUCACUGUGAUGGGUCGUUCUUAAGCGACUCCCAGCCGGCGGCAUAUGGUGUUGUGGUCAUUAACCACCAUGGAAAAUUUUGUGAUGGGAAAGCUGAUACUCUCCUUUGUUCCACCCCGCUCGAAGCAUAAACAAAACUCUGUUGGAAGGUCUAAAAUUAGCUCAAGAAUAUGGCACUGAAUGUGUUGUCCAGUCUGAAUGCCAGGUGUUAGUGAAUGCUCUUGAUCAACAUCCUCGAUGUUGGCCAUGGCGGGGAUCAGCUUGGAUUGGAUCAAUGAUCUCCAUCCUCCGGUCGAAUCCUCAAGUGAAGGUUAAGGCAGUUUCAAGAAAAUUUAAUGUUAGAGCGGAUUGGGUUGCUCGAUCACUUGCUAGAUCUUAUCUCCCAGUUAACUUAAUUAGUAUUCUUGACUUAAUUUCUGAUUUCCUUUGAUAAGUGUAAUUGGUCUCUCGAGUUGAAGUGGAAUAAAAGGAUGAUUUUUAA